AUGGCUCCCAUCGAGACCAAAACGUACGAUUACAUUGUGAUUGGAGGCGGAAGUGGUGGUAGUGGCAGCGCACGACGAGCUGCGGGCUGGUACGGCGCGAAGACGUUGAUUGUUGAAAGUGGUCGGUCUGGUGGUACAUGUGUCAAUGUUGGAUGUGUCCCCAAGAAAAUGACAUGGAACUUUUCCUCCAUCAACGAAAACCUCCACGCCGCUCAUCACUACGGCUACGACGUUCCCGACAACAUCAAAUUCGACUACGGCCAUUUCAAGCGUGUCCGCGACUCGAAAAUCCAGCGACUGAAUGGCGCUUAUGAGAACAACUGGGGCAAGGAAGGAAUUGAUUUGGUCCACGGACGCGCUCGUUUCGUUGAACCCAAGGUUAUUGAAGUCACUUCCAACGAUGGUUCGGAGACCAAGACUAGAUAUUCCGCGAAACAUAUCGUGAUUGCUGUCGGUGGACAUCCUAUCAUCCCCAACGUCGAGGGCGCUCAGCACGGUAUUACAAGCGAUGGGUUUUUUGAGAUUGAGGAAUUGCCCAAGAAAUGGGCUGUCGUGGGUGCUGGAUACAUUGCUGUUGAAUUGGCUGGUGUUCUGGCCGCAGUCGGUGUUGAGACGCACAUGUUUAUCCGUGGCGAUACCUUCUUGCGCAAAUUCGACCCUAUGAUUCAGGAGACUAUGACCGCAAGGUAUGAGGCCGUCGGUAUCAAGAUCCACAAACAGCACAAGGGUUUCAAGGAGGUCCAGCUGCUUAAAGACGGAAAGGGCGCUGAAAAAGUGUUGAAGCUGAUUGGCGUUGAGGGAGAUGAGAUCGAAGUCAAUGAGUUGCUUUGGGCUGUUGGACGCGCUCCCGAGGUCGAGGGUCUUAGCUUGGAGAUUCCAGGAGUUAAGCAGGCCCGUAGUGGACAUAUCGUCGUGGACGAGUUCCAGAACACUAGUGUCGAUGGUAUAUACGCGUUGGGUGAUGUUACAGGUCAGGCUGAGCUGACGCCUGUUGCUAUCGCCGCUGGUCGCCAACUGAGCAGCCGUCUCUUCGGACCGGCCGAAUUCAAAACCGCAAAACUCUCCUACGAAAACAUCCCCACCGUAGUCUUCUCCCACCCCGAAGUAGGCACAGUCGGCCUCACAGAACCACAAGCCCGCCAACGCUUCGGCGACGACAAGAUCAAAAUCUACAAAACCCGCUUCACGAACAUGUUCUACGACUUCUUCCCCGACGAAGAGAAGAAACAGAACCCAACACAGAUGAAGAUCAUCUGUGCUGGACCGGAGGAGAAAGUUGUUGGUCUGCAUAUCCUGGGUUUGGGAGUGGGUGAGAUGUUGCAAGGGUUUGGAGUUGCGGUUAAGAUGGGUGCAACGAAGCAGGAUUUUGAUAGCUGCAUUGCUAUUCACCCGACCGCUUCGGAGGAGUUGGUGACGAUGCGAUAA